CACUUAACACGUGAGGUGAAAUUCACUAGUUGACUUGCAUUAUUUAAAUGUUAUCUGCCAAAUUCCGUGCUGUUAAACUUUUUCUUUCCUUUAUUAUUAUUACAAACAAUGGGUAACGAUGGAGGCUCAAUUCCUAAACGUAUUGAACUCGUUAAAGAAAAGAAAAAAGAAGUUAGACCAGAUCAAAAUGCAAUGAAAAUAGCUACUUGGUUUUACUGUGCUUUAUCUAAGAAACUGUUACAAGAUCCUGUUGUUGCGUGUGCGCUAGGUAAACUAUAUAAUAAAGAUGCUAUUAUAGAGUACUUGUUAAAUAAGAAUGCGUAUGGCGACGGAGACAUAAUUUGCUCUCAUAUUUCCAACUUGAAGGAUGUUAAGCCGUUAAAACUUGCCGCUAAUCCAGCAUUUAAAGAAACAACUGGAGCUAGUAUAGCACAUUUUGAUCAAGGAAUGGUAUCUAGAUUUGUUUGUCCUAUUACUCUGAAAGAAAUGAAUGGUAAAUUAAAAUUUGUUUAUUUGAAUACUUGCGGUUGUGUAUUUUCUGAACAAGGUUUAAAAGAAGUACCAAGUUCUACUUGCAUACAGUGCGGAAAACCUUUUAAACAAGAUGACAUUAUUACUUUAAAUCCAAGUCCUGCUGAACAAGAAAAAUUAAAAAUCGCUUUAGAAGAGAGAAAAACAAAAGCAAAAGAAAAGAAAAAGAAAAAUAAGACUAUAACAAAACAAGAUUCUAGUGAAGACAUGAUAGCUGAAUCAUCAUCGUCUACUGCGCCUAAUAAAAAACGAAAAAGGGAGAAUAACAAUGAGGAAGACUCAAAACAGUCAUCUUCAAAGAAACCAUUAGUAAAAUCAGAAGUUAAUGUCACUACUAAUAGUGGAAUUGGUGGUAAUAGUGUUGCUGCUGUUGUUAACCAAAAAGUUCAGGAACACUUGGUUAAUACAUCCGCUAAAACUAAACAAUCAAAAGCCAUUCAAUCUAUUUACUCAAAGAAGAAAGAUGAUACCGUUACUGAAAGUUAUUUAGUUAGAGGUACAUUUAAUAGAUAUGCAUAAUUGCAUUCACUUGUUAUUUUUUUUUUUUACUUUAUUUGUAAUUUUCAAUUUCUACAUACCAAAAUAAAGUUUUCCUGAAUGUUUUGAGCCUUUUAAGCCUUAAGGUCCUUAGCUCGUGAUUUAUGUUGUUUUUAAUGAUAAAUUAUUAGUUCUUUUACACUUCGGUCAAUUGUACCUACUAUAUCACUAAAUGUCAUUGAACAAAAGAAUUUAUU